CAAUAAAUCUGCGAUCAUUAAACGUAAAUAAUAAAUACCAACAGGUCUUGAUUGACUUUUUUCUUUAUAAAAAAAAAGCGAAAAAAUAUUGCCGGUAGCAUUCAAUUGACUUUGGCACUUUUUUUUUAGUGCUUGAGUGCUUUCUCAACAAGUUUUAGCACAAUUCCAUUAGGACUCAUAAACUUGGUCUAUUCAUUCGGGGGUUUCUUCUUUUUUAUUUAUUUUUUUCUUUUUCGCUUGUUAUAUAAUCCAUUUCGUUCGUGAAAAUCCCCAUCUAAGCCAGAAAAGACUUUUACAACUCUAUCUUAAAAAAAGUCCGCUUUAUGUGGAUUUCAAAAUGGAAGUUUUAUUGCAGGAUGGCCAAUUUAAGGAACGUAUGUUAGGUGACCCAUGGCAAACAAGUGCAUCAUCACCUCGGAACCCUGAAGGAAGUGUUAGAAAACCAAGCCCGGUGAAUGUAAAAAGACUUCCUAAACGACCUGUUCCACCAAAUCCGACAAUAAUCCCACGAAAUCAAAACGAGACAAUUUCAAUGGAUACAGUUUUAAAUGAAAACUCCUCAAGUACCUCGUCUCCACUUAACUAUCAAUCAGAAAAUGAAUCGAAUUCAGAUGUAGCCGACGACUUAAGUCUGGCCGAAACAACUAUAAACUCAUCUUCCUCUACAGCCGCAGAAGCAGUAGAGGAAAAUGAACAGCCGAUAAACGAUGACGAAGAGAGUAUUCAAUACCUAUACCCGAAACAUAACAAUAACCCUGUUUUAAGCCGAGAUCAUUUACGGUAUGUCCCAAUUCAUAGAAAACGAAUGCCCAAAAAUGAGAUGACCUUGAAUCGAAAACUUUUUGUCUCUCAGGUGAUUAAUACCGGUUGUACAGAAGCAUCGCAUGAGAAGAAGCUUUUUGGAAAGCGACUUCAUAGAUGCGAUCCAGCAGACUGUAAGAGCUCUCUCUGGGCUUCUGAAAUAAGUUCGAGCGGAAAAUACCUAGCCACCGCCGGAAAGGAUUCCGUUAUUCGAGUAUGGAAGGUCAUUGAGAAUAAGAAAGAUCGAAACCAUUAUUUUCAUGAAGAAAUCUCAAAAAAAAGUUCAUAUUUUACUGGCUUCAGUGUAUUUGAACCAAAUCCCGUUUUAAGCUGCUAUGGUCAUAAAGCUGAAGUACUUUCUAUCUCUUGGAGCAAAAACGAUUUUUUGCUAACUGCAUCAAGCGAUCGCACUGUUCGACUUUGGCACCCUAUGUUGGAUAGAUGUUUAGCCUUCUUUCAACACAAUGAGAUUGUAACAUGCGUUUCGUUUCAUCCUACAGACGACCGAUUCUUUGUAUCAGGAACAUUGGAUCAUCGGAUCCACCUGUGGUCCGUUUUGGAGCAGAAGAUCUUGCAUUGGAAUCAAUUAGAAUAUCCAAUUUCCACCAUAUGUUUUCAACCGGAUGGCCAACGCAUCAUCGUAGGGCUGUUUUAUGGAAUGUGCGUUCUAUAUGAUGUGGAUCAACUUCGCUAUAUUUCUUCAUGGCUCAUUCAUCGAUCAUCCUCAAGAAAUAGAAAGAGUAAAAUCACCGGAUUGCAAUGCACCAAUGCCAUACCCGGAGAUGUCAAUUCCAAGACUUAUGUUUUGGUUUCUACCGACGAUACUUCAGUUCGAAUUUUCGACGUUGAAAAUAGAUGUAUGAUUUUAAAACUCGGUGAAGAACACCGUGCACAUGGCCAAAUACUCUCUCGCUUGAAUGAAGACAACUCCUAUAUCAUUAGCAAAACCGGCUCUAACGAAGUUAUGUUAUGGCAUCUUCCGUACAAAUUUUUUUCUUCGACACAUAAACGAAGAGGCAUUGUUCGUCAUUUGCCAAUUGAAACUUUUCGAAUUUGUACAGAGAGGCUCACAUCGGCGAUCAUUGCUCCAGCAAGUACAGCUUUGGAGGUUAGUCAAUCGGAAGGAUACGUUUGCCCUGAGAGAGACUGGAAAAAACCACUGUCUAAGAACUCAGAGAAGACCUUCGGUGGAAAAUCAUUGGAAAUUAUUAUCGUCAGCAAUAUGGCAGGAAAAGUCAUUGUUCUAAGACGUGAUGGCCUGCGCGAAAAAAAUAAGUCUUUCUAUAAAGGAUCUGCAAAGUUUCGAAACUUUGUUCAUGACUGGUUGCAUAUCUGAUUUCUCAUUUUACUUCUUUGUUUAUAUUAUGUACUAUUACGCUUAUACCUUCUUUUCUAAAAUGUUUAUUUAUUUAUUUUUUUAAUAACAAAAAACGAAAUGAUACAAAAGAAAUAAUAUUGUUUAAUUCCAAAAUACUACACCUGAGUGAGCCGUAACAAGUUGUGCAUGACGAGGAUUAAAUCGAACUAUAGAAGGCACUUCAGGGCAAUCUACUUUUUUUGUCAAAGGUAUACAGCUAUGUGGAUUUGAGGGAACCGUAUUCUUGACUUCUGCCAUUAGUUCAUGCAUAUUCCAAGUGUCUGAAUAUUGACUUGAUUUCAUCUCAGGUAUUUCGUAGAUUGCUAAAUGCUUUUCGUCGUUGGCAGAAAAUAAAUACUUACUAUCUGGGGACAUACAAGCCGAAGAAUAAAAAGAAAGAUUUUUAGUAGCAC